AUGCGCCAACAUCAAGUCACGUCCAAGAAGAACUUGAUAACCUAUGAGCGGCCCUACGACAACUUCACGUGCCUGGGACACUACGUAUUCGGCACUUGCCUUCAUGAAUUUGGGCUCAAUGGAAAUGCUAUUUUUCCCCUCGCCGAGUGCGCGAUGAUGGAUUCGUUUUUGCCGGUGGCUUUUACGAGUGAUCGAAAUCGGAAGUACGUUGGACAUGCCUUUUCUUAUAUCCCUGCACAGUCAAUUGGACAGUCACAUCAGUUGGCUCGCUCCGUGGCGCAGUCCGAAUCAUUCGCUUCCUGUACAGGUAGAAGCUACCUGAAGCUUGUGUUCUUGUGGAACACCAUGCCGGAGUUCUGUAUCUUUUUGAACAACCAAAAUUUCACUGCCCUUGAACGCAAAUUUGCUGUGCAAGAUGAGGCGUGUGGGCUUAGCAGGCGAUAUCACGGUAAUAGAGCAGUCGUCGAUCUGCUGCGGUAUAUUCGACCUGAAAGCAAGAGUUCGGGAAAUGUUAGUGUUGUGCAGUGA